AUGUCAACCCGCCGCGGCGUCGGCCUCGGCGCCUUCACCACCAACCGCAACCUAACCCAAUCCUACAGCACCCUCGGCACCCACCUCAAAUCCACCCAAUCCGCCAGCCUCGCAACCCAACUCGAAGUCUUCCAAUCCCUCCUGCACAACUUCGCCCUCGAGCACUCCUCCACAAUCAAAUCCAACCCGCAAUUCCGCACCCAAUUCGCCCAAAUGUGCGUCGCCAUCGGUGUCGACCCCCUAGCCGGCAGCUACCAGUCCGGCUCAGCAUCCGCAACAACUGGGAAAGGAGUCGGCGGGCUAUGGGCAAAGGUACUAGGCCACGACGUCAACGACUUCUACUUCUCCAUUGCGGUCCGCAUCGUCGAGCUGUGCCUCACCACGCGUUCGAUGAAUGGUGGGCUUUUGGGCGUGAAGGAGUGUCGGGAAGCACUCACGAAAGCUACGACCAUUGGCAACGCGUUCAGCAGCGUGUCCGAAGACGAUAUUCUGCGCGCUGUGAAGUCCCUCGAGCCACUGGGCAGCGGGUUCAAGGUCGUUGAGAUCGGCGGGAGGGCUUUUAUUAGGUCAGUGCCGAAGGAGCUGAACACAGAUCAAAGUACCGUGUUGGAAGUGCUGGCGUUGCUACAGGGGGGCGUGAGUGUGGGGCUGUUGAGGGAUAAUUUGGGGUGGGAGGAGGCGAGGUGUGUCACGGUGCUGGAGGAUCUGUUGGCGGAUAGUCUUGUGUGGGUGGAUUAUCAGUGUCGCGAGGCGGAGUAUUGGAGUCCGCAGGGACUGGUGGAUGAUGAUUGA